UGCCCAACCAGUUUGAUUCUUUUAAACCAAAAUGGUGGUGCAUUCUGAAAUGCAUUUUCACCAUAGAAAUUAGAAAAAGAAAACUCACCUCUAUUGUAUUGCAGAUAAUGCAGUGGCUUAUUCAUUCGUUGCAAAUAUGAGGUUAGGCACAAAUGAGCUGAUGCCAACCCCAUUCUUUUCAUGCCGCUCGCACUCGCCGGGAAUCGCAACACUCCAACUUCACCUACGCGCAAGACCAACAUCGCCGCCGCGCUGCCGCGGUUGUGCCGCCCAUGCAAGCCGUCAAAAACCGCCGACUUCGAUUUCUAGUAACAUCGAUGAGAGGCAUGUGCCUCCUUUUACGUCGGCUUUGAGGGAACGAAUGUGGCUAACAUGUUUUGAUUUCUCAUGGAGACGGCUUUCUAGAAUUAUCUCCUUUUACUUGCUAUCUCUCAGUCUCGUAGCUGCAGCAUCUGAUUAUCCAACUCCUUCUACUUAUGCUUGUGAGAAUAUUAGCAAUUACUAUUCUCCCGUGAAGAAUUUAAGAUUAAGAGGCGAAGCACUCAAGAGACAAUUGAAUAGCAUCAUUGCCCCACAUCGUUCCUUGUCCUACAGAGAGGUGUGGGAUGCCCUCAAGGUUCUUGAUGCUGCUGAUGUUGAUAAUCCACAAGCUUCAUCAGGAAUAGUUGAAAUAUACUCCUUGAGAGUUGUCCCCAAAAGGUUAUCAGGAAAACCGCAGGGAUGGAAUAGGGAGCAUCUAUGGCCUCGUUCUUAUGGACUGACUAAUGGUCCAUCUUUGACUGAUUUACACAACAUUCGCCCUGCUGAUGUAAAUGUCAAUUCAUCAAGGGGGAACAAGUACUAUGGUGAAUGUGUUACUAGCUCAACCAAAUGUUUGAGGCCAGCUAACAAAGAAGCUGCUUUGGACACUGAAGCAGACAAGGAGAGGUGGGCACCACCUAUGCAGGUUAGAGGCGAUAUAGCAAGGGCAUUAAUGUACAUGGCAGUCUGUUAUGGGUUCCAACAACCAGGGGGAAGUCCAGGCCUUCGCCUCUCGGAUGCCCCAAACGUUGAAAACAGGGAGAUGGGACUUCUUUCCACUUUAUUAAAAUGGAAUGAAGUUGAUCCGCCUUCGAGGGAAGAAAAACUGAGAAAUGAAAGGAUAUGCAAAUUUUAUCAGCAUAAUCGUAAUCCUUUUGUCGAUCAUCCGGAAUAUGUUAAUCUUAUAUGGAAGCAAGCUGUAUCAAGACAUGCUCCUCAUAGCAAAAGCAACAACAGUAAUUCCCCGCACAAGGAAAAGGUGUUAGGAAUGUCUUAACACGUAAAUAUUACUUACAUUGCUGUAAUUUGAAAAUUUGGGGCAUACAGGCUAAAUUUAUAUUUGACAUGUGAUAUAUUAUAACUCAUUAAUUCUUACUUUACUCUUA